CUAGCAGGGGCUACUAACCAAUAAUAAUAAAGCGCCCUAGCGCUGCUUUGGCGCACAUUGAGCUGGGAACAAUUAGGGCAAGAGGCAGGCACAGAAGCAGGCACAGCUGCUAUUAGAAGAGCUAUGAAUAAGAGGGGAUACCACAUUUGCAAAGCUUGCAGACGGCCAUAUGUUUCAGAAGAUGAUGCACCCAAGAGGCUGCAGUGGGCUGAAGAUAUGAAGGAGAAAUACCCAGAGAAGGAGGAUUGGCACAAUGUCAGGUUCUCUGAUGAAUGCCAUGUAAGCUUCGGCCCUGAGGGAAUGGUGCAUGUCAUUAGGACUUCUAAACAGAGAGGACUCUCUGACUGCAUUCAAGAAGUGAGGAAAGAGAAGGAUGAUGAUCAGCAAUAUAGAGUGCAUUGGUGGGUAGCCAUUGGGUACGACUUCAAGUCUAGGAUUCAAUUCUAUGAUGUGCCUUCAAAUUCAAAUAGUAAGAUGACCCAUAGAGUUUACAUUGAUCAGAUCUUGGAGCCUGUUGUCAAGCCUUGGUUGGAUGCAGGCCAUGACUUUGUGCUAGAAUAGGAUGGGGAUUCAGGGCAUCGGUAUAAUAAGAAUGGUACUGCAAAUGUGGUCACAGAAUGGAAGCAAAACCAUGGGCUGAAGACUUAUAAAAACUGUGCACAUUCCCCUGACCUCUCUCCAGUAGAGAACUCAUGGCAGCCAGUCAAGCAUCACACCAGAUCUCAAGCUCAUUGGGAUAUUGACACUCUUAAAGAGCUAGUUUGGAGGGGUGGGAGAGAGUGAGCCAGAAGACCAUUAAUAAGUAGGUAGACGAGAUGCCAGAACGCCUGGAAGCUGUGAAAUUAGCUGGAGGACAUAGAACAGGCUAUUAGAUUAAUAUUUUAUGUGUUUCAAGC